AUGAUUGGAUUGAGCCGUGAGCUGAUGACGCCCUGGAUGAAACAUAGACUACAAAUGUCAAGUUUGCAGCGCUCGAUCAGAACAACCAUUGGUGGUAUUCUCAAAGAGGAACCAGUAGAAGAAAGAGCAACUCCAGGAGUAUCAGCUGGUGCUAUUUGCCAAACAUGUCCAUCCAAGAAAAGACGAAUGACCACUAACUAA